AUGAAAGCAACAACAAUGGUGAAAGUCAUCAACAUCCUAGUCUUUGGAAGUUUACUCUACGGCCUCUCAUUUACUUCUGGCACAACAAACGUUGUCUCCAAAGAUGCGUCUUGUGAUUUAAAGACUCAGUGCUUGGUAAGUGAUCAUUGGCCUUGUAAUUGCAACCAUAAAAGAACUGACAGUAGUCAGGGGGGAUCUAGGGGAGGGUGCGGGAGGUACGCAAGUAUGUAAGUAUAGUAUGAACAAGUGAACAAGUAUCCAAUAUGUGACUCUCCACUUUAAAGACCUGUGCGGCGCACCUUCGGUAUGGUUUUCUUGCCGGCGCAAAAGCUAUCUGAUUUUGUAUGAACGUACCCUCAGUGUUUUGAUCCCUUCCGGUCCUAUCCAGGUGCCAUCAAAGAAAAAAUAAUACUUCUUUGGUUUUUUAGAAUGAUGCUGUUUCUUGCCUUAGUGGUGAAAGUUUACCAAACAAAAGUCAAGGUAAUUUCAGUUCAGUUUUUUAUAUAUUACUUCCCUGUGAAGAAGAUACUUUAACAAUAAAGCUUGCUUCAAGAACUUUGUACAACUGACAGGAGCGCGAUUUUUUGGUUGUUGACGAUGUUAUUGUUUUGUUUUUUUUUGUUUUGUUGUUUUUUAUUUUCACUUUCUUGUGAUUCAUUCUUUAGUCGCGAAAGAGUUGGCAGAAUUAAAGAAAGAGGUACGUGUUUAAAAUUGUGUUUGACAACUUCUGCGAUCUCAUUACUGUUGUUAGUCUGCGAACAGGCUUCCAAGUGGAACAGUUACCGAUCUGACCAAUCAGAUCACGAUACCAGAAUCUGGUAUCAUUUUUAGGUGGCAGCAUCAAAAGUCUACGGGCUCCCCUGCCUCUUUAUCCCGUAGGCUACGCUCAGCUAGCUUCGCUCGCCGAAACUUUUUUUCGUCCGGCUUUACUCGGGAGCCUGUUCGCAGGCUAUAUUGUUGUUAGCCCAUGAAUUGAGUGAUAAAAUUGUAAAAUUUAAUUUUACUGAAAAAAAAAGUGGAUUGCGAUGUCAUUAGGCUACGGUUCGGGUACUUCUUCUUCAGUUGCAUAGCGUGUAAAAGCUUCCGCCUUUUUCUCUAGCUCUGCCACAACUGCUGAGCUACCGCGCCUUCCACUGUCCCCUUUUUUGUCUACAUCAGUACAAUUGGCGUCAACUAUAUUAAUAACAGGAAACAUUUUCCAAAUUUGGUCAACGCCAACUGGUUAUUAAGAAUUAGUCCUGGAGUUAUAAGCCAAUCAGAAACGGAGAAAUAUUUUGAAUGAAUAUUAAAUGCCUAUUAGCCCGCAUGAUAUACAGCUGUAACAGGAGCGAGAUAUGUGAUCAUGAUGCGCGCGUCCUCGUCAGCUGCGCCUUUCUAAUAGGGUCCUUACGAAACUACGACGGCGACGGCUACGGCUACGGCAACCUCAAAAAGCAAUAGGUUUAGUUAGCGAAACAACAACCCUGCACGUGCAUCACGCUUUUUUGUACAUUUCUUUGCUGUCCCUGCACGACUACGACGGGAACGACAAGGCGAUAAAUUCUAUCAUCUCUUUCUGAACUCGCGUGUGGCCCCCUCUCUUCAGCUCCAACAUAAAUUCCCUUCUUUUAAGUAACUGGGCGACUUGGGCUAAUCGCGAAAUGGUUUGAAAGGAUGCGGAUUCUUUUUUUCAGCGAGGUUUUUAUUGAUCCGUCGUUGUCGGAUCGUAAGGUCCCUAUUUUGUGCCCUGCUGCCACGUAGGCUAAUAUCCUUCUCGUCAAAGCUAGUCAUUUCCUUGCUAAUAAUUCAAGUGGUUAGUCUUUACUCUUAGUCAAACAUCUGUGCAAAAAAUGAUUACUAUUGGUUUUUUUUUUAUUAUUAUUAUUUUUAUUUAUACUUUUUAUCCAUUCUUUAUAAACUUUGUUAGUUAGUUAGUUAGCGGCUGGCUAGACUAGUCAUUGAGCCGACUACUUACUCGGGCUAAAAAGUUAUCUUGGCAAAUUAAGAGCAAAUAUAUCAGACUUUUUGCCCUUUAGGUUGCUUCGCUAAAAGCCAAACUUGCUACAGCUGGAAAGCCCGGUGGUUUCGCCAUGCUUGACAGCAAUGGCCAUAUUCCUCAAAACCUUCUGGUAGCAGGUUAUGACAAACACUCAGCCUACGACCUAGGAUGGCAGUCCCUCCACAUGGCGGCUGCUGCUGCCUGCAGAGGAAGCACUCCCUCAGGGGGAAGUGGAUGCUGUGGAAACACCGUAUUAGUGAGGAAUACCGCUUCCGGAAGAACAUGCGCACAGAUUUGUGCCCUGAGUAAUACUCCCAACUGCGACGCUGAGGUUUCUAUUUACGGAAGAGAAGGAAAGGCCAAAGGGAACGGAGAAGUAGUGGGCUACUUCUACAACUACAAUUGUGGUUAUGGUGCCAACGGAGGAAGUGAGGCGUCCAACUCGGAUGAUGCCGUCAUGAGUCCUCCAGCUACUUAUUUCAGCUUCUGUUGCUGCCGAAAGUAA